CUUAUGAAUAUUUAGGAGCACAAACAAAAUUAAUCUAGCUCACUAGUAACAUUAUUACUACAAAUCAGUUACCCCAUUUGAAAAAAAAAAACUUCAUUUUGUUUCUAUGACAUCUUCGAUGCUUCCUCAUAGAGGCAACACAAUAGAAAACAUUUCAACUGAAACACUAAAUAAAUAUUUAGUGCAAUAUACAUGGGAAGGUAAAUGGGAAAAUGUGAUCGUGAUGUACUAUAAAUUUCCAGAGCUACACACAUAUUCUUCUUUUAAGUUAAAUGGCACAGCUCUGCACGUAGCGAUCGAUUUAAACAAAGAAUAUGUUGUUAAAGAGCUUUUAAAUGCAAUUUUUACACAUAAUGUGCAUAAUAAUAAGGUUGAUGCAUUGGAAAUGGGAAAUCAAAGAGGAGACACAACAUUACACAUUGCAGCAACAAGGGAUUAUGCUAGAAUGUGUCAGUGGAUCAUAGGGGAAAAAAAUGAGAGGAUAUAUUUGUUGAGUCGAAAAAAUGGUUAUGGAGAGACACCACUUUUUCAAGCUGCUAUUAAUUGGAGAGAAGAAUCAUUUACUUACCUUUCUCAUAUUUCUAAAGAGAUAGUCACAUUGAAAAAUCUUGUACGAGAUGAUGGUGAUAGUAUUCUUCACGCUGCAAUCAAAGGAGAAUAUUUUGAUUUGGCUCUAAUAAUAGUACAUUACUAUGAUAUCCUGAUCGGACAUUGCAACAAAGAGGGAUCUACUCCUCUCAAAGUCCUCGCCAGUAGACCUUCAGCCUUUAAAAGUGCAAGCAAGCUUUCAUGGUAUAAGCGAAUUCUAUACCACUGCAUUUUUGUGGAACAACUGGAUGUUGAAAGAACAAUGAAGUCUUAUUGGAUAAAGAUGAAGGCUAAUCAAAAUUCUAUGAAUUUUCCAAAUAACUAUAUUGUUUUAUGUGAUUUCGUUUCUAUAUCGUUAGGUGCCAUUGGUAUCCACGCCACUAAUGGCAACCACACCACUGACACCGACAUUGACACUGGAAAAAAGAUUUCAAAACAGAUGGAACAGUUCAACUCAAAAAACCAGUCCAACGAAGAAAAAUGGUUUGCCACAAACUAUCUGGUCGACGCAAACUGACUGUUCGACGCAACAAAUCUGUUGGAUGUAAAAAAUCCAUCAGAUAACAAUCGUCAACCAUUUAAAUCAGAGAAACAUCAAUUUAGAUUUUUGCCACCAAAUUAUGAAACCUUUCAACAAUUUGUUAAGUCUGCAUAUGUUCAUAUUCUUAGCCUUUGUGGAGUAGGGGUAAACAAUAUGAAGAUUGCAAAGAAGAAGCAUGAAUGGAGUAGUCAAUUAUUGAAGGAAUUAAUGAAAAGACCUUAUGAAGCAUUCACAGGAAAAGUUGAUCUUGAUUCAAAUAUUGAUUUUGACAAGUACGACACGUAUCUUCAAAAACUCAAAGAAACACCCUUUUUGGUAGCAGCUAGAAAUGGAAUAGUUGAAAUGGUGAAUGAAAUUUUAAAUAAAGUACCAAGUGCUAUACAUAACAUAAACUCAAAGAAAGAAAAUGCGUUGCAUGUUGCAGUGAAGCAUAGGCAUCCAAUUGUUGUUGAGACUUUGAAAAAGCAUUCAGACCCACAAGUUUGGAGUAAUAUGGUACUUGCAGUUGAUAAAGAUGAUAAUACUAUAUUGCAUUUGGCUGCUGAUGUAUUACAUGAAGAUAAAGCUUCGAAGGUUCCUGGUUCUGCCUUGCAAAUGAUGUGGGAUAUUAAAUGGUUUGAGUAUAUCCAAAGCCUUGUGCCACAUCACUUCUAUUUCAUAGGCAACAAAAUCAGUAGCCAAACAUCAGAAGGAAGAAGCAAUGACAACACUGGCCAAACACCAGAUGGAAGAAGCAAUGACAACACUAGCCAAACACCAGACGAAAGAAGCAAUAACAACACUAGUCAAACAGCAAGCAAUAACAACACUAGUAAAACACCAGACGAAAUCUUCAGAAGCAAACACACAACUCUUAUAAAAGACGGCAGCGAGUGGCUAAAAGACACAUCCGAAUCUUGCUCCGUCGUGGCAGCGCUCGUUGCUGGCGUUUCCUUCGCCACAGCGAGCGCUGUCCCCGGCGGAACAACAGAUGAAGGCACACCAACGCUAGAAGGCAAACCCGCAUUUGAUAUAUUCGCCAUUUCUUCGCUUGUUGGUCUUUGUUUCUCUGUCACCGGACUAAUCAUGUUCCUUUCGAUUCUAACUUCUCGAAAACAACCCAAUGAUUUUCGAAGAGAUUUGCCGCUGAAACUUCUUCUCGGGUUAACCUCUCUUUUCGUGGCGAUUGCUUCGAUGUUUGUUUCAUUCUGCACUGGACAUUUUUUUCUGCUUAAUCAUAAAUAUGAAUCAGUGAUGUUUCCACUUUACGGAGCUACUUCCAUACCAGUGACUUUCUAUGCUGUUGCACAAUUUCCUCUGUACUAUGAUCUUGUUACAGCUAUUUUAACUGAGAUUCCAACGGCAACUGUUCAAAGUGACAAAUUAUAAAUAUUUUUGUAUCAUUUUUUGAACAAUAAAUAAACUAGUGUGGAGUUGGAUUUUAUUUUUUUGGUUUUAGUCUUCCAUUUCUAUAUGAAUGGACCGACCCAUAAAGUUUAAUUAAAAAUUGUUUCAUUCAAGUAUGGAGUUGGAUAUAUUAAUAUGUAAUACUUAAAGCUUUUGAUUUUUUUUGUUUUUGAUUAUGUUUGUAUUGAAGUAAUUGGUUUGUUUAAUGAGAGAAUGUAAUAGGUUUGAGCUUU